CCCUUUGGUUAGGGUUUGUCACCUGUGGAAACGGUAGGGCUUGGGUCCCCAUUGAGAGCGACGGAGAGAGAUUGAGUUCAGGACGAUCCAACGGUCCGCGACCAUGGAUCCUCACCAGCUCACCUCCCUCACAGCUGAGGCCAUUAAUGCCGUCUUUCUCCUCUCUCUCUCUCUCUGCGUUCCUUCACUCCAUUUAUUGUCCCAGUCCCCACCGUCUAACAGGAUUGUUGGUUGGGCAACACCUUUAAUGCCCGCCCACCCCAUUUCUGUGAUCCCUCCCUCACCCCAGAUGGGAGGAGCCCUGAAAUUCCCGUACUUGAUGGAAACCCGGGCUUCAAGUUGAUCUCCAGGACUCCCUGAUUCUUCCUUUGUUGGGAAAAAAAUGGUUCUUUUUGGUGCCUGAGGGAUGGAGACGAAGGAGAUCCGGUCGCCGGAGAGAUCGCCGGUGGCGGGGGAGGGGAUGCUGGAGUUGGCGCGGCGGAAGAAGCUGGGGAUUUAUUUCGCGGAGAGUGAUGAGAGGCGGUUUCCGGCGGCGAUCGGCGGGGACUAUGUCUCUGGUGGUACGACGCCAGUGAAUAUAAGAGGGAAGCCGAUUGAAGAUCUUUCCAAGACCGGCGGCUGGAUUGCAGCAUUCUUCAUUUUCGGUAAUGAGAUGGCAGAGAGGAUGGCCUACUUUGGCCUGUCUGUGAACAUGGUGACAUUCAUGUUUUAUGUCAUGCACCGCCCAUUUAAUAGCUCUGCAAAUGUGGUUAACAAUUUCCUGGGUAUAUCACAAGCCUCAUCCGUGCUUGGUGGAUUUCUGGCUGAUGCUUACCUUGGUAGAUAUUGGACGAUAGCAAUCUUCACUACUAUCUAUCUUGUGGGCUUGACAGGAAUAACAUUAUGUGCCACAAUGAGCAUCUUUGUACCAAAUCAGGCUCAGUGUGAUCAGCUUUCUAUACUCCUGGGCACGUGUGAACCAGCAAAACCAUGGCAGAUGCUAUACCUCUAUAUAGUUCUUUACAUAACUUCUUUUGGAGCUGCGGGGAUAAGGCCUUGCGUGUCAUCUUUUGGAGCUGAUCAGUUUGAUGAGAGGAGUAGAGACUACAGGGCUCACUUAGAUAGGUUUUUCAACUUGUUUUAUCUUUCUGUCACCAUUGGAGCAAUUGCGGCUUUCACCAUGGUGGUAUACAUUCAAAUGAAACAUGGAUGGGCUUCUGCCUUUGGUUCUUUGGCCAUAGCAAUGGGCAUUUCAAAUGUGAUCUUCUUUCUUGGCACACCUCUGUACAGGCAUAGGCUACCAGGAGGCAGUCCUCUCACGCGUGUUGCUCAAGUCCUUGUUGCUGCUUUCAGGAAGAGAAAUGUGCCCUUCUCCAGCAGUGACUUUAUUGGCCUGUAUGAGGUCCCUGGCAAAAGAUCUGCCAUCAAGGGUAGUGGGAAGAUAGAGCACACCGAUGGCUUCAGGUGGUUAGACAAGGCAGCUCUGCAACUGAAAGAGGAUGGUGCAGAUCCUAGUCCCUGGAGGCUCUGCACUGUAACACAAGUUGAAGAGGUUAAGAUACUACUGAAACUUCUACCAAUACCAACCUGCACGAUAAUGCUUAGCGUAAUAUUGACCGAGUAUUUGACCUUGUCAGUCCAACAAGCUUAUACUAUGAACAAACAUAUGGGUCAUCUGAAACUUCCAGUCACUUGCAUGCCUGUGUUUCCUGCCCUAAGCAUCUUUCUCAUCCUGGCCCUCUAUUAUUCCACCUUUGUACCUUUGGCACGCUGCAUUACAGGUCGCCGUCAGGGCGCAUCUCAGCUUCAAAGAGUAGGCCUCGGCCUGGCAAUAUCUAUUUUAUCAGUGGCAUGGGCUGGGGUUUUUGAGAGGUACAGAAGGAAUUAUGCCAUCAAACAUGGAUAUCAGGCUCUUUUCCUCUCUCCAAUGCCCAAUCUGAGUGCCUACUGGUUGUUGAUACAGUACUGCUUGAUUGGAGUAGCUGAAGUGUUUUGCAUUGUGGGUCUGCUUGAGUUCCUCUAUGAGGAGGCUCCAGAUGCCAUGAGGAGUGUUGGGUCGGCUUAUGCUGCCGUUGCUGGUGGUCUGGGCUGCUUCGUGGCCACCAUAUUGAACAACAUUGUGAAAUCAGUCACCGGGAAUGAGGCCGAGGGGCGCCAAUCAUGGCUUUCCCAGAACAUAAAUACUGGGAGGUUCGAUUACUUGUACUGGUUAUUGGCAGUUUUGAGCUUGAUCAAUUUCUGUGCUUUUCUAUUUUUCGCUCAGAGAUACAAGUACAGGGCUCGGAAGGAAGUUGAAGUGGAAGUGUUGAAAACAAGCACAGCAAUAAGCUCAACAGAGGGCAAGUAAGAAAGAUAUGAUAGCUCAAGCGGUGCUUAAUUUGUACCAUAUUUCAUUUGAUUACAUAAUCUGCACCUAUGCUAGGUGUGGAAUCCCCUGAUUUAUGCUAGUGCCUGUGAGAUUUAUAUUUAACUUUAAACUGAUUUCUGGGAUCUCGCUGGGCUUGUAUGCUGUAAGAUAGCUUCAUCCUCAUGGAACUUCCUCGGGCUUUUAAGAAUUCUGUAGGGUCAGGAUAUUUGAUUGGAAGAAUUCAUGUUAUGGUUGUUGUAACGGGAUACAAAUUGUAGACAUGAACUGUUUUAAUUUAAUCAUAAUCCUUCUCGAUCGUUUUCUA